AUGGGCACGAACACGGGUCUGGUGAUCGCCGGAGUGGCAGGCGCGACAGCGCUCGUCAUCUCGGCGGCCGCAGUUCCGUUCGUGGCUCCCGCAUUGCGUCGCGUCUGCAUCCCCUACGUGCCAGCCACUCCGACUCAGCUCGCAAACGUCUCCCGCGCACUUUCUCUCGCUACCAACAACACGAAGGGAACUCUCAUUGAUCUAGGCUCUGGCGACGGUCGUGUUGUGAGUAAAUUUUGGUUAUUCGUGUGUUUUUCAGAUGAAAUUUGGCGAACAGCUAGCCAGCCACUUGACGCCAGAGUGGCGGAAACAGUACAUUGACUAUGAAAGACUCAAAAGUCUGUUGUACGAUGACAUGAUGGAGGUGCCGGCCGACGACGACAGAAGAGAAGAGCACAUUUCCCGGCUCGACGAGAAGUUCUUCAAUGAGUGCGAUCAAGAACUCACGAAGAUUAAUCUAUUCUUCUCGCAAAAGAUAGCCGAAGGUCAAGGAAAGCACCACGAGCUGCAGACUGAACUGCAAGUGUUCAAAGAUGUGCUCGGCUCAAGAAACGAGGCAACCGGAGUGCGGAGAAGGUUCGGAGGAAAAGACAGAUUUCACAAGGAAACAACUCGCAACGAACAACAGCUGAAACUUGCAUUCUCCGAGUUCUAUCUGUCCCUUGUGCUCGUGCAAAACUACCAGCAAUUGAAUGCAACUGGAUUCCGAAAGAUUUUGAAGAAGCACGAUAAGUUGACUGGGAAUGAGAGAGGACUCGACUGGAGAAUCAACAAAGUAGAGAAGUCGUCUUUCUUUUUGAAUCGCGAGAUUGAAACACUCAUUACAAAUGUUGAAACAAGUGUAAUCAACGAUUUGGAAGGCGGUAACCGACAAGCAGGAAUGAAACGACUCAAGGUUCGAACUGUAUUUCUGCAAAUCAUAGUUGAAUUGGUUUUAGGUUCCACCACUUUCGGAGAAGCAGAAGCCACUCACAACCUUCUCAUUGGGCCUAUUCAUAGGAGCCAGCAUCGUUCUGCUGUUGGCCAUACUUCUCACUUGGUGGGCUUCCCCGCCACGUCCCCAGGAACCGAAAUGGGUGGCAGUUCGGCUCUUCCGUGGACCUCUUCUUCUCUUCCUCUCCAUAUUCCUCUGCGGAGUCAACAUGGCUGGAUGGGCUGGCGCUGGAGUGAAUCACGUUCUAAUCUUUGAAGUGGACCCUCGAAAUCAUCUUUCCUAUCAAACGCUCAUGCAAAUCGCUUCCUUCAUGAUAAUGCUCUGGUCGUUUGCCGUACUCGCCUACCUCUACGCCCACAUGUUGCACAUUCCGCCGUUUGCUCCUCCGCUCGCCCUCAUGAUUGUCUGCCUCGUCCUUCUGCUCAAUCCAAUCGCCAAACCGGAUUCAGUUUUCCAUCGGAAUUCUCGGUUCUGGUUGCUGAAACACUGCUAUAAAUGUUUCACUUCACCGUUCCAUUUUGUCACGUUCACUGAUUUCUGGCUCGGAGAUCAGAUGAAUUCGUUGACGACUGCCUUCCUCGAUUUCCAGUACUUUGUUUGCUUUUACGCGACCGAAGUCGACUAUUCGAAUGGAUGGAUCGAAGUGAAAGGAAUAAACUCAACCACCGGAUCGAUUCCAUGGGGAAGUGUCGAGCUGUCGAACGGAAAGGAUCAGUGCGCAUCAGCAGCCGGAUUGAGGUCUCUCAUGUCCAUAGUUCCCGCUAUGAUUCGCUUCCUACAAUGUCUGCGGCGAUACAGAGACACGAAAAGAGUGCAUCCACAUCUGGUCAACGCCGGAAAGUAUUCAACCACGUUCUUCGUGGUUGCCUGUGGAGCACUCAACAAAUACUACGAAGCGAGCGAUCCGAACUCGACGUCCAUCUUCUUCUACAUUUGGAUUCUCUCCUACAUCAUGUCGUUCACUUAUACCUUCCUGUGGGAUAUCUUCAUGGAUUGGGGCCUCAUUGAUCCCCGUGCGCCAAAAGAAGCAAGAUUCUUGCGAGAAGAAAUGAUAUAUGGCAGCAAAUGGUACUAUUAUCUGGCUAUCGCUCAGGACUUUGUGCUUCGUCUCGCAUGGGUUCUCAAUGUAUCUCUCGGUGAGGCAUGGACUCUGGACUCCGACUUCCUGACUACAGUGACGGCACCAUUCGAAGUUUUCCGUAGAUUCAUCUGGAACUAUUUCCGACUCGAGAACGAACACGUGAACAACUGCGGUCAGUUCCGUGCCGUCCGCGACAUUUCGGUGAAACCGAUUCGAAAGGGGGAUCUUGAGUCACUUCUCUCCAAAAUGGAUCAAAUGGACGGAGUCACCCAUCGUGGACACGAUCUGAUGGAGAGAGUGAAAAAGCAGAAGAAAUCGGCAAAGGCCACCCGUCAACUGCUUCGCAAAAACCGAUUCAAUCGGAUGAUCGCGGCUGCUCCUGUCGUCACGACUACUUUCAUUGAUACCACUAUUAACAACUAGCCCGUCGGUCAGACCACGACUGUAGUUCUUUCUAGCUUGUGCACGGUUCACUAAACUCUUUCUGCCUUCUCGGUAAUCAUGACAAUCUGUGAGCGCUCGAUUGUCUUCAGGGAGCCUUUUGCCUAUUUUUUAUCCUUUAUUCACAUUCCAUUCUUUUUUUAGUCUACCCUAGCCAGCUUUAUUGCUCAUCUUCUCCUGUUCCCAUUUUUUAUCUAGUCGUAUUUGAGUGAAAGUUUUAAUAAAUUUAUGAAUUUGUCCUGAAAGUCUGGGAUGUAUUGUAAACUUGAGAUUUUCUCUUAGUUUCGUCAGUUUCAAUGUCUCCUUCCAGGUGCUUCAAUGUGCCAAACAAGGAUACAGAAGCACGGGCGUCGAAUUGAACUCAAUUCUCGUCGCGUAUUCGAAGUACCGAUCAAUCAAAGACGGACUCAGAAAGGAGGCAAAGUAAUUCUGGAGCACAUCUGUAUGGUUAAUUGUUGUUCAAUUUCAGAUUCCAGAGGAAGAACAUUUUCAAAACGGAUAUGCAUCCAUUUGACACCGCCGUGAUCUUCGGAGCAGAAAGUCUAAUGGGCGAUAUGGUUCCGAAGCUGAGCGAGAUGCGGCCGAACACCAAUUUGCUCGCGUGCCGCUUCCCACUUCCGGAGAACGAUGCGUGGAAACUGGUGAGAAGAAGAUAGAAGCCCAAUGAGUACUCAUCACGAUAAUUCAGGAGCAUCAAAUCGGAGAAGGCAUCGAUGCGGUGUGGGUCUACAAACGGAAUUGA